GCACCACCGUGUGUGAACACAUGUACAACAAUGCAGUUGGUGGAAGAUGAGUCUGGACACUGAGGGAUGUGACAAAUGUAAACAGUACAGUGUAGAAUUCAACAAUAAGAAAAAGUGCCUGUGUGUGCAUCUCCAAGUCACUAGUUUCUGCCACACUUAUGACGAAAACAAACCAAAAAAUAAACGCAAACCUAAUUCAAAGGAAAAAAGGCGGAAGAAAGACGAGAUAAAACACUGUGUCUCGGCCCUUAGGAAUUCUUCGGGUGGCUAUCUUCUAAUUCACUUAGAAGGCCUGAGUCCACAAGACCUGAGUUGGGGAAACCUUGACGAGUUCAUCGAUGACGACCUUCAAACCAUCUUAACUGCUAAUGAAACAUUUGAUGAUGUUUAUUGCAAAAAACAAGUUCCAAAAGGAUCAUGAAUUUGUGGUAAUUGACGUUAAACCUUCAUCAACAAUUAUUAUUACGGAUCCCAAGACUAAAUUUGUUACCGACAAAGGGUUUAUACAAGAUAAUCAUCAACUAUUGCGAGACUUUUUGAAACCAAUCUCCGAGCAGCAAAAUCCGCCUCCUUCAGAAGUUAUACAUCAAAGACAUCCAGUCGUAAAUUACGAAACGUUACAAAGCCUAUCGGAAAAAAGAUAUUCAGCUGAAAGGAUUUGAAUUCAAACCGGAAGAACAGAACAAGAAGGAGGCAAUUUUGAGAUAUCCAAACCAGUUUGUUCAUCACUUGUGGAAGCUGCGUCUUCCUCUCUAUGUCAGUGCUUUUGCAAAACUCGAGAGAGGAGGGUCAUAUAUUCUUGGCAUAGGAGAAAAAGAAGAGACAUUUCAGACAAACAUCAAAGCGAAGGAAGUCAAAUAUUGGUCUAAAACAUUUGAAGUUCAUGGAAUUGAACUGUCUUCAGACAAACAUACUGAGUUAAAGCGAUCAAUAGAGAGGCGUUUGAAAGAUGACAUGUGUCUCAUUACCUACAAGGGAGACAAAAUAGAUUGGCCUGACGGACUCAUCAGCGUUCACUUUCAUGUAAUGGACCAUACAUUGCUUGAGGUUGUUGUGAAUCCAAUCACAGGAGUAUUGUUUUAUGAUAACAGUGGCCCAGAAGCAUACAAGGUUGUACAUGGAAAUCCAUUUCUGAAGUAUACUCGCUGUGAGCCCAAGGAGAUAAUUUCCUCAAUAAGGAGACAUUAGAGAGCCUCGUGGAACAGGGAUGUCUACAGAUAUGUCAGCAAAGAAGUUGCCAAACGAAGGAGUUUUAAGAGAUGCCAGUGAAGAGGUCCUGAUAGCCACAAGUAAUCCUUUCCGCCCACCAGUAUAUGCAACUGGAUGCUUUUGGAAGAAGAUGUCCGAACGACUUAAAAAUGAUAUAAUACUGCUCCCCGAGGGUUCAGGUGAAAGAUGGAACACGGAAACGCAAACCCUUCUUGGUGCCUCAAAGAUGGGACUGAUAUACAUGGGAACAUCCCUUGCACAGAUGUUAGAUUUGCAGCUGAAAGACACGAACAUUGAAGGAGUUCUUGAUGCCUGUGUUAUCGCAUCUGAUCAACCAGUUCAAAUUCUCACCUUUGUCAGAAGCGACUCAAAAGACAACUAUCAUACCCUCAUUCAAAGGAAUGACGAAUUGUCUAAAGGUGUUUUAUAUUCAUUAAGAGAAUUUACUGAUGAAACGUUUAACAUUGUACAUGGGGUACUUGAUUUAGAUGAUCUGGGGGACAUAGCAGGUUUUGAAGACAAAAGGAGCACUCUAAUGGAGGAGUCCUGUCGUUAUGUCAAUCCCAGGUCACUUGAAAUGAACCCCAGCAAAUGCAAGAAUUUAUGCAAGGCCUUCUUCGUUGCCUCAGCUGUAGAGCACACGUCUACCCGGACAUCUUCAGACCCAAUAGUUCUGCUAAAGUGGGAUGUCUAUAUGAAAAAAUACCUCCAUGAACCAAAGGUAAAUGAGAAUCAUGCAGCCAACGAAACAGAGAUUGCUCAUGCGGAAGACUCCAUGGCAAAGUUGUCAAACUCAGUCACAACAACACGUGGCGUGAAAAAAACAAGGAAAACCUUUUGCCGGAUGUUUGCCAAGAGAUACCAGUCAUCAACAAAUGAGGAAUCAAUCCAUUCAAGUUGAAGAAAAGUCUCCAUCGACGGCGCUGCUGAGCGUACCUGGUUGUUGAUUCAAUACCUGGUUAUAAUAUACAUGUAUGAUGUAUUUAGGCUACUCUACUAAAACACUUUGCCACAGCUACAGUCAUUGGGAGCCCAUAACAUUCCUCAAACGACAAUGUUCUACAGAAAACGUCAUUCAGUAUCUAAUUAUUACUCUAGGUCCCACUCCCCUCACGUCUCUGUACACAUUAACAUACAUGGGAUCACACUAAACCACUAAUAAACUACUAUGCCAUCCGUUUCAUCCGUACAUGUCAACAUGGCGAGAAGACUUUCGUUGUGACUGAGACAGACAGUGGGUAUGCAAGCAGUUGGCACGUCAUUCAAGGCAAUCAGGCGUCAGUUUGGGUAGGGCCUUUCAUCAGCAGACCUAUUCGGACACACCAACAAACAUGUGCUGACAAGAUCGACCAAGAUCAGGUCCCGAUUUUGAAACAAACUUUAGUUUGUACUCAAACUUGAAACUGAAUUUUUAACUGAAGUGUAUUUCUAAAAAAAACAAAAAAACAAACAACUUAAGUAAUCUAUUCACCAAACUCAAAUUGUCUAUUAUUU